AUGUCUACCCCAAGUUCGGGCUCAGAGGAUAUCGGCUAUUGGCAGCACGCUUGUGGCGGGUUAGCCUUGCAUGCAGCAGGAGACGCCAAUUAUGCAGUUACUGCCCGGGGCGAUGAGACUGACAUUCUGUUUUAUAUCCACCGUAUUCCAAACUCGGGCUUCCGUCAACUCUUCGGUGUCCAUCAGCCUCAGUUCUCCCUCAUUGUGCAGUGUUACUAG